UCAACGUAGAAGGACGUCCGCGGUGUGUUUGCGCGUCCAUUUCACGUGCUUUGAAAUUUUAGUGUCAAUUAUCGUUUUUAUGACAGAAAAUCUCUAUAUUUUGAUACAAAUGUUAUCUUCUAGUGAUAUUAGUUAGUAACACGUUUUAAAUAUGUGUCGAAUGGCUUUAAUGCUGACGUAAUGCGAGUGUUUACAAAAAACUAAUUCUGAUUACCUUUACGAAAUUUAAGUGUAAGUAUCAAAUAAUUUAUAAGGCAGUAAUGUCAUCAAAUUAAUAGUGCCAUCGAAAAUGUGUCCAAAAACACUUUAAUCUAGUAAAUAAAUCGUAUAUUCAUUAUAAAAACGCCGGUCGUAAGAAAUAAAAAUGGGUUCGCCUGAGAAAGACAUAGAGUUGAGCCCAGUGAAAAGUGACCCCAAUCCUAGUGGCCCAGCGCUGCCGGAUAAGCUGAAUGUGCCCAUAGAUGACGAGGAAGAUGUUAUCAUCGGACGAUUCAGAAAAAUAAGUUCUGCAAAGUCUAUGGCAGCUACGAACGGCCAGAUACAGUACCCUACUGAUGUAACAGUGAAGUUAGAUGGCGAUUCGGAGUCAGGAUUGCAGUUUAAGAAGGAGCCUGGUGAGAAGGACAAGCUGCUGGAGCCGAACAAUGGUGUGGUGAUGCAGAGGAAGACUCCGGUCACUAAGAGCAGUUUCAGAGAUAUUGAGAAGCCGUCUCGAUUCAGGAAUCAGCAGUCGGCUACCAGGUUCCAGAUGCAGGGCAAGUCUGAGGAUGAAGCAACGGAGGACUCCAACGAAUCGGGGAUGGAGAGCGACGAUCCGCUCACGGCGUCUGACACCAAAUAUGGCAAGAGCUUCAGACAUUUCACCCGCGAAGCGUUGCCCAGGCUGGACAACUACAGGAACGUAUUGUCCCUACACGCAGCGCCACGUCCCACAUUAGAUGAGCUGCACAAUGCCUCUCUGUCCAGGAAGCCAGGUCAGACCAUGGAGAAAGACGCCGAGGGCCCGGCGCUGCCCAGCCCCAACCUGAAGUUCGGCUGGAUCAAGGGCGUGCUCAUGCGAUGUCUGCUCAACAUUUGGGGUGUGAUGCUCUUCCUCCGACUCUCCUGGGUGGUCGGGCAGGCUGGCGUGGCGCAGUCAAUCCUGCUCAUCAUGACGACGUCAGUGGUGACCACCAUAACGGCGCUCUCCAUGUCUGCUAUUAGCACCAACGGGGUCAUCAAAGGAGGUGGAACGUACUACAUGAUAUCGCGGUCGCUCGGCCCCGAAUUCGGUGGCAGCAUCGGCCUCAUAUUCUCAAUGGCGAACGCUGUCGCUUGCGCUAUGUAUGUCGUCGGCUUUGGAGAGUCGCUCAUCACGCUCAUACCUGAGUCGGCAUACAUGGUCAGCAAGGCUUGGGACCAAACAAUCUACGGCUGCAUCACCAUAGUACUUCUCACGGGCAUCGUAAUGGUGGGCAUGGAAUGGGAGGCCAAAGCUCAAAUAGUGUUGCUGUUCAUCCUCCUAGCCGCCAUAGUGAAUUUCCUAAUAGGCUCCAUUGUAGGCCCGAAAAGCGAUGUCGAGAUUGCGCAAGGCUUUGUGGGAUACAACAUGACGGUUUUGAAAAGCAACAUGGGACCAGACUACAAGUUCUAUGAGGGUGUGGACCAUUCAUUCUUCUCCGUGUUCUCGAUAUUCUUUCCCGCGGCUACAGGGAUUCUCGCUGGCGCUAAUAUUUCUGGCGAUCUUAAGGACCCACAAAAAUCAAUCCCAAAAGGUACUAUCCUGGCCAUUCUACUAACGACCCUGUCAUAUCUGCUAAUUGCCGUGAUAGUGGGCUGGACCGUGCUCCGGGAGGCCACAGGGGCGGUGGAGGACGUCGCCAAUUGGACCAUGGGGGCCUGCGCUAACAGGACCUGCGAGUACGGACUGCAUCACAGUAACGAUGUGAUACGUCUGGUGUCUGGCUUUGGACCGCUGAUAUACGCGGGAUGCUUCGCAGCCACUCUAUCCUCUGCAUUAGCUUCUCUUGUAUCCGCUCCCAAAGUAUUCCAGGCAUUGUGUCAAGACAAGCUGUACCCGUACUUAGAGUUCUUCGCGAAGGGCUACGGCAAGAACAACGAACCGGUGCGAGGAUACGUGCUCACCUUUCUUAUCGCUUUCGCAUUCAUACUAAUGGGUGGUUUGAACCAGAUCGCACCACUGAUCUCGAACUUCUUUCUUGCUGCAUAUACGUUGAUCAACUUCUCAACAUUCCACGCGAGCCUUGCCAGACCCGUCGGUUGGAGGCCUACUUUUAGAUUGUACAACAUGUGGCUGUCGCUGCUGGGCGCGGUGCUGUGCCUGGCGAUCAUGUUCGUGAUCUCGUGGAUCACGGCGCUCGUGACGUUCGCGUGCCUGCUCGCGCUCUACCUGCUCGUGUCCUACAGGAAGCCAGAUGUGAACUGGGGCUCGACAACGCAAGCACAGACGUACAAGGCGGCACUGUCAGGCGCGCAUCAGCUCAACCGCGUCACAGAACACGUUAAGAACUACAGGCCCCAAAUACUGGUGCUGACUGGAUUUCCGGGCGAGAGACCCAUCCUGACUGACUUCACGUACCUCCUGACCAAAGGCUUAUCGCUGAUGCUUUGCGGUCACAUUGUACCAAAUCAAGUGAGCCACCGUGCCCGUGAGGCUCUCUCAAACCGCGCCUACCACUGGUUCAACAAGCGGAAGAUCAAAGCCUUCUACAGUUUGGUCGACGACGUCAACUUCAAAGAUGGCGCCAGCGCGCUUAUACAGACGAGUGGCCUUGGUAAGCUGAAGCCGAACAUCCUGAUGAUGGGUUUCAAGGAGAACUGGCUGGAUUGCGACCGUUCCGAAAUUGUCGACUAUGUGGAAGUUAUGCACAAAGCAUUGGACGUGCACAUGGCGAUAGCGAUCCUGCGUGUGGAAGGCGGGCAGUACACAAGCGAGGCUCUCGAUGAUGACCUACAAGCCUACCUACAAGACAUGAAUGCUAAGGACCUUACCACGCUGACACGAUCUAUGGGGGACAACUGUAAGGAGUCCAAGUCUACUGAGAGCUUGAACACACACUCGAGAGGCAGUAGCAUGUCUGACGUGUCGCUGGGUUCCCCGCAACUACGGCGCGCUGGCGUCUCUGCCGACCCCAACGCCGCUGCCAAUAAGCCCGCUAACACCGAACAGAAGGAGAGAAGCGGUGGCGGUGUAGCCGGAGCGGUGCGGCGCGCUCUCGGCGGCGCGGCCGCGCGGCGGGCGUCGUCCUUCACGUCGGUGGAGCACUUCACGCGGCGCCAGGCCGGCUCCGUCGACGUGUGGUGGCUGUACGACGACGGAGGUUUAACCCUCCUCCUGCCGUACAUCUUGUCGACGCGGCGCGCCUGGUCAUCGUGCCCGCUGCGUGUAUUCACGCUCGCUAAUAAAAACACCGAAAUGGAACUAGAGGAGAGGAACAUGGCGUCCCUUCUAUCGAAGUUUCGCAUAGACUACUCCGCCCUGAAGAUGGUCUCGGACAUUACGAAGAAGCCCAAAGACUCGACUUUGGCGUAUUUCGAACGACUCAUCGCACCGUUCCGUACUACGGACGACUCCAAUGAUGCUCUAGGCAUUACCGACGCGGACCUACUAGCGGCCCGCGAACGAACCCAUCGCCAUCUCCGCCUACGGGAGCUCAUCUCAACACAAUCCUGCGGAGCUCGCCUCGUCUGUGUGACACUACCCAUGCCUAGGAGAAGGAACGUCAUACCACCUGCUUUGUACCUGGCUUGGCUACAUGCUAUAGCGACGUCUGUGGACAGAGUACUGUUGCUGAGAGGAAACCACUCCGCUGUGCUGACGUUUUACUCUUAAAUUGGGCCGUAUGUCAAUAGUAUUAAGGUCAGUUUUACAUCAACCGUUGUCUCUUUCGAAAUAUUUCAACACACAGUAGCGCUCGGCCUUUCUACCUUUAGACUUUUAGACCAUUACUGUGUCCUGUCCUGUUACUCUUAAACUGGACCGUAUGCCAAUAGCAAUAAGAUCAAUUUUACUAUAAUGCAACUCCACCUAUGAGAAUGAAUUCAACAAUUAAAUACAACCCCGUACAAUUGCCCAUGGGGCAAAGUGAUAUACCACCGCACCGGCCUAUUAUAUGCCUUGCUGAAGGUGUUUUAUGAAAAUAAAUACAGGGUGUUUGAUACAUCGUUUUCCAAAUUAAAAUGGCAGAUAGGUUGAGUCAUUUGCUAUCUUCUCAGGCCUAGAAAUAUUUAAUUUGGUGCAAAAAAAUUUUUUCACUUCUAUGACAGUUUUUCGUAAAUUUCAAAUAUUUUACUUGCGUAGUAGUAAAAAAAAACCAUGGCCAAUUUUGUUUUUCUAGGCAUGAGAAGAUAGCAAAUGACUCAAGCUAUCUGCCGUUUUAAUUUGGCAAACGAUGCACCAAACACCCUACUGUAUACAUUUUCAAUAAUUGUUUUCAAUGUUUGAAAUUAGCAUAAAAUUGUAUUUAGUUUGAAUAUAGUACAAAUUUCCAAAAUGUAAUUUAGGCAUCUCAUUAAGUCUCGAAUAAACUGAUAUUUCGAAUUAAUUAAACUACUUACGGCUGCUGAAAUCAAACUUUAUUUUAGCUUAACAUUAUGUUUAGAUUCUUUUGAGUCUACGUUUCCGAAAUAGUGUUUUCAUCUUUUGUGUAAUAAUGUCUUAUAAUAUAUCGUCAGGUUACAAGCAAAAGUCACUAAUUACUAAAAAAAAUUAAACAAAAAUCGACCUUCUUGUAGUACUAAUAUGGUUCACAAUGGCUAUGAACUUGUGGUGGUACUUAAUGACUUUCUUGUCACCCGACGAUUUAUCUUUUAGCUCCUUGACCAAGUCGAAUAGCAAAGUUAUUUCAAUGAGAAUGCCGCCAUAACAAGGCAAACAAAAUGUACAGUCGACUUUUUUAACCUUAUUACUGUGUUUUGUCAAAA